AUGGGAACCUUGAUGGAGACCUUCAGAGGUGGAAAAUUAGCAAGGGACAAAAGGCCAGAAUAUGGACAUAUUUCGGCAAUGAACUUGAGGUGA